GGCUGCUUGCUCGGCUUAGGAGAGGCAGCCAGCGCGGCACGGAGCGAAAGGUGAAGCGCUCCAGGGCGAGCUGGUACGCGCCGUCGGAGAAGGCGAAAAGAAAGAAGGAAAGAAAGUAGGAAAGAAGGAAGCAAGCAAGCAAAGAAAGGAAAGGAAAGAAGGCAGCAAAGAAAGGAAAGGAAAGAAGGCAGCAAAGAAAGGAAAGAAGCAAACAAGCAAAGAAAGAAAAGCAAGCAAGCAAAGAAAGAAGGAAAGAGGCAAAGAAGGAAAGGAAAAGAAAGGAAAGGAAAAGAAAAGGAGGGUCGAGACUGCGGGCCGAUGGGUCUCCCGUUCUGGACCCCCCUGCUCGGUCUCUGGUGCACCCUGUGCCUGGCGUCUGGACAGAGGCACACGGUCUUCUGGAACAGCACCAACCCCAAGUUUCAGAGGGAGGAUUACACCGUCGAGGUGCGUCUGAACGAAUAUUUGGAUAUAAUCUGUCCGCACUACGAGGAUAACAGCGUCCCCGUCCAUUCUAUGGAGCGCUACACCUUAUACCUGGUCGAACGAGAGGAGUACGACACGUGCAAACCACGGUCUAAGGAUCAGGUCCGCUGGCAAUGCAACCGGCCAGAUGCCCUGCACGGUCCGGAGCGGCUUUCUGAGAAAUUCCAGCGUUUCACGCCGUUCACCCUUGGCAAAGAAUUCAGGGAAGGCCAUGAAUAUUAUUACAUCUCAAAACCGAUCCAUCGGCACCGAGAUUCCUGUCUUAAAUUGAAGGUGAAGGUGGUUGGGAAGAAAACUCAGAUACCACCCGGUCACAUCCCCACGCAGAAGGGACCGCUUCAAUCAGACGAUCCGGAUGCCCCGAUGUUGCGCAGUGUGGGGUACAAUUCUGCUCCCCGAUUUGGCAGCCCCCUGCCCUUCAUCAGCCUCUUGCUGCUGGUCUUCAUCUUUCGGGGGCCCUGAAGGGAAUCUCGGACCCCGACUGAACCCCCCGGAUUGAGCCAGGCAGGAUGGACUCCGAUGAGGGUCCACGCAGCGAGCGAGACAGCACCAUGGGUCUUCACUAUUAUCAAGCUCGAAACCGUUGGUAGCACGAGGCGCGAGGAGGCAUGACGCGCGACAUAGGCGUGGGAAAGACGGCGUGCAAAUCAGCUCACUUGUUCUCGAGAAAGAUCUUGUUGGACUCCCGGUGAGGAGAAAGCGACGCGGUGAGCUGAUGACGUGUCCUCCGCAGGUCGGAGACGUGUCCCCCGCGAGUCAGAGAUGCUGAGGAUCCUGCCAAAGUUUGAUGGACUUUGUUGGACUUUUCAAGCAAACUUGAUGGGGACUUUUUGAGCAAACUUCGUUAGACUUUUCGAGCAAACUUUAUUGGACGUUUCGAGCAAACUUCGUUGGGACUUUUCGAGCAAACUUCGUUGGACUUUUCAAGCAAGGUAUAUAGACACAAGCUGCUUCCAAAACCACCCAGUCCCCUCUGGACCUACAAAAUCAUGUGAAUAAUUUAACAGACUUAAAAAACAGGCAGGACCUGAAUUCGGGGAGGAUCCCCACCCCAGUGUCUUUGAUCUUCCCUUCAUCGAAUUUUUGUCCUCACAAUUCGGACGGAAAGGCUGUGUCCAAAGGAUAUGGAUUCAAGAACUUGGAUCAGUACUAUUUAUUAGAACGAAAGGUGAAGGCGAUGAGCCCAAGGAUCGCAAUUUCAAAAGAGUGGAAUUCUCAAGAAAAAGGGGAAAAUUUAUUUUCUGUUAUGCUUUUUAUGGCGGGGUAUUUUUUUUUAUUUGUAAAAAAGAAAAAAGAAAAGAAUAAAUGAUGCCAAAUAAGCUGGCUGUGGUUCAA